CGUCAGCUGGCGGUAGACGCGUGGUGUGUGCUAUUAGUGGACAUCAGCAAAAGUUGUCCGUUUGCGCCUGCGUGCUGCGGCAAGCCUGUGAGGAGCGGGCUCAACAUGAGCUCCCGAAAAGUUCUGGCUCUCCAAGCGCGCAAAAAGAGGAGCCGGAUCAAGAAGGAGAAGAUUCCAAAAAAGCCAGAGCCUCAACAUCGAUCUCAUCCCAUUAUAACAGAAUCUGAGGCACAAGAACCAGAGGAUGAAAUUUUGGGAUCUGAUGAUGAAGAGCAAGAGGAUCCUAGUGACUAUUGUAAAGGUGGAUAUCAUCAUGUCAAGAUUGGCGACCUUUUUAAUGGACGAUACCAUGUGAUUCGAAAGUUAGGAUGGGGCCACUUUUCUACAGUGUGGCUGUGUUGGGAUAUUCAGGGGAAAAGGUUUGUUGCCAUGAAGGUUGUCAAAAGUGCCGAACAUUAUACAGAAACGGCCCUGGAUGAAAUCAAACUACUGAAAGCAGUUCGUAACAGUGAUCCAAAUGAUCCAAAUAAAGAGAAAGUAGUUCAGUUGUUAGAUGACUUCAAAACUUCAGGAGUGAAUGGAUCACAUGUUUGCAUGGUAUUUGAAGUAUUGGGGCAUCAUCUGUUGAAGUGGAUCAUCAAAUCAAAUUACCAGGGAAUUCCAAUUAGUUGUGUCAAAAGCAUAAUUCGGCAAGUCCUUCAGGGACUUGAUUAUUUACAUUCCAAGUGCAAGAUUAUCCACACAGAUAUAAAACCAGAGAACAUCCUGUUGUGUGUAAAUGAUGUUUAUGUGCGCCGCUUAGCUGCAGAAGCAACAGAAUGGCAAAAAGCUGGUGCCCCUCCACCAUCUGGAUCUGCAGUGAGUACUGCACCACAACCAAAACCUAUUGGAAAAAUGUCUAGAAACAAAAAAAAGAAGCUGAAGAAGAAACAAAAGCGACAGGCAGAGUUAUUGGAGAAAAGAAUGCAAGAAAUUGAAGAGUUGGAGCGGGUUGCAGGAAAUGCAGAUAAAGAACAGCAAUUGGAUGAGGAUGAAGAUGAUGCCGUGCAAGAAAAUGAGGUUUCUGAACAAGUUACAGAACAUUUGGAAAAAGUGGAUAAUAAAGGUUGUGAAGAACAAGAUGGAAAUGAGCCACCUAAAAAAGCAAAAGAACCUGUAGAAGAUGUAAAUGCUGAGAAAAUCAGGAUUGAAUCAAUAAAUUGUAAUGGACAUGUAGAAGUUGGACCACUUUCAGAUCAAGUGAAUGGAACAGAAGAAAAUAAGGAAGAUAUUAAUCAAAAUACAAAUGAAUGUAAACAAAACGAAUCUUGUAAAGAUGGCAGCUUCUUCCCUUGUGCUUAUGACAUGUUGAAUGGACUUUUGGAAAAUGGACAAAAAGAAAGCAAUCAGAAUAACUACUCAGAAACCUGUAAACCUUUAAUAACUGGAAUGUUUGAAUCUGUAACCUGUAAUUUGAACACAGAUGAUCGAAAUCUACUGGAUGCAAAUUCAACCAAGCAAAAUGGAAGUAGGGAAGGUUCUAUAUCCAGUUCCGGAGACCAUGCAAGAUCUGAUGCUGCUAGUUUACUUAUCAAUCCCCUCGACCCAAUGAAUGCAGAUGAUAUUCAUGUUAAGAUUGCUGAUCUUGGAAAUGCUUGCUGGGUUCAUAAACACUUCACAGAAGACAUUCAAACUAGACAGUAUCGGUCUUUAGAAGUUCUAAUUGGUGCUGGAUAUGGAACGCCAGCAGAUAUUUGGAGCACUGCUUGCAUGGCAUUUGAACUUGCAACUGGGGAUUAUUUGUUUGAACCUCAUUCUGGUGAAGAUUAUUCCAGAGAUGAAGAUCACAUUGCUUUGAUUAUUGAGUUACUGGGAAAAAUGCCUCGAAAGCUUAUUCUAGCUGGAAAAUAUUCCAAGGAGUUUUUCACCAAAAAAGGUGAGCUGAGGCAUAUCACAAAGCUGAAACCUUGGGGACUUUUUGAAGUGCUGGUGGAAAAGUACGAAUGGCCACAGGAGGAAGCUGCUUCAUUUACAGAAUUCCUUUUGCCAAUGCUGGAACUGAUACCGGAAAAGCGAGCCACAGCAGCAGAAUGCCUCAGACACCCUUGGCUAAACUCAUAGCAACCAAAUUAAUUGCAGCAUUUAUUUUUUGUCCUUAGUACAAGACCUGGUUUAUUGUCUUAAGCAGGUACAAAUACAGGCUCCUUCAAUCUUUAGGAAGAUUUUACACAUUCAAUUGAAACGAAUGGAGAAAGGGUUUGGAUUACAGAAAUUUACAUAGUCAUAGCUGCCAUUUGUUAGUUGCUAAUGAAAGAUCAUUUGUCUACAUACAACAAUUGUACUGUUCACGUAUAUGUUGAGUGCGAGUAUACAUUCGUCUAAAAUUUAAAAGUAAAUUUUUUGCCAGGAGACGAUAAAAUCUACAAGGUUGCCGUGUAGAAGAGACCAUAAUGGAAUAUUAUACUCGUACCAAAGAGUUAGCUAUGUUUUGCCCAAUAGUAUUUUGACCAUGGAAUUGGAAAGUAAAGUAUCUAGUAAAUUAUAGCUUUUUUUUUGCUUUGGAAUGACUUUUGGCCAGUCUGCAUGCUUUCAAAUUAGCCUGCUUAAGACCUAGGCUGUGCACUUGGUAUUUUGACCAUGUUUUCUAUAGGUAGGUUGAUAGCUGAAUAACUCAAAUAAUCCAUUUUUAACAUGUAUUCAUUUACCAGCUUACCAACUGCCAUUCCUGGAACAGCACUUUAGAAAUAGGCAUUCUGUCAGUUCCAAAGUACUUAUCCGUACUUGAAAUCUCUGGCGUUAUUAUUUGAAGAAGUAAGAUAUAGUAGGAAACAAUUCCUUUUGUGUUUGUAUUUACUGCAGGUCUUGGAAAUGUUAACAUGCUAUUUAAAUAUUACUGUUUUCUAAUGAAGGCUCCCCAGUUUGUGUUUUGUAUGUCAUCUGUCUAGAAAAUGUUUUUUUUAAACUGCUUUAGUGAAAUAUCCAGGAAUGCUACUGGGUUUGAUCAUUAAUUGAUCAUGUUCUGCUACAUUGGAGUGUGGCUUGUUUGCCUAACCAGACUAUUUCAAAAAUUAAAAAAAAAAACUUUUGCAUAUGAUAUUCGUUAAUAUUGUACAUGACAACGUUGAGUUUGUAAAGUUCACUUUUUUUUAAGGAAAUUCUUGACCACUGCCUGACAUGGAAUCAAACAUUUCCAGUGAAUUUUUUUAUACAAGCUUAAAACAUUUGGGCCAUAAUGUAAGAUAACAUGAUGUCUGUUUUUAGUUUAUGUGUUCUCAGUCUACAGAAGGUGCGCUGAUUUAUUUCCAGGUAUAAAGUAUACUGGCGCAUUUCAAUUCAUCACUAUUGACCAAAACAGCUGACUAAACUAAGAUGGGUUUUUAUUUGCUUUUGGUAACAUUGGGCCAGGUUGUGUGUGUUUCAUGUAAAGUAACUCAAUCAUAGAUAAGUACCUUUCAGUACCUUAUUAAGUUCUAUUACUGGGCAGUGCAUAUGGUUUUAGUACCAUUAAAUUGAACCUUAAAUGGCACAUCAGGUCAAGUUGUAUCAACUAAUGUUGUUCAGAAUGGCCCAACUAUUUGCUUUAUAGAUUACUCUUUCUAUCUACUUUCCCAGUAUUUGUAAAGUGCGGUGAUCUGAUUCCUAUCCUUAAAUUCACGAUGUAAAGCACCACAAAAAUCAAUCUAAAUAUAAAAUGUGCAGCAGUGGCAUUUGGUAGCUUUCAAAGGAAUUUCUUGCUUAUAAAAGAGUAAUUGUGCAAAGUUUGAAAAUAAAGCAGAUUAGA